AUGUCGAGCAUGCGAGCUGUUAACUACCAGGGACCCUUCCAGGUCAAGGUGGAGGACGUGGAGAGACCUAAGUUGGAGCACCCCGACGAUGUCAUUGUCAAGGUGACGACUGCUGCCAUAUGUGGUUCUGAUUUGCACAUGUAUGAGGGCCGCACGGCUGCUGAAGCCGGCAUCACUUUUGGUCACGAGAACAUGGGCAUAGUCGAGGAACUCGGAGAGGGCGUAACCCUGCUGAACAAGGGUGACCGAGUCGUCAUGCCAUUCAACGUUGCUGACGGCCGAUGCCGCAAUUGCGAGAGCGGCAAGACUGCCUUUUGUACAGGCGUCAAUCCUGGAUUUGCCGGAGGAGCAUACGGAUACGUCGCCAUGGGCCCUUAUCGAGGAGGCCAGGCUCAGUACAUCCGCGUUCCCUAUGCGGACUUUAAUGCUCUGAAGCUUCCCGCCGGCAAAGAGCACGAGGCGGACUUUAUCCUGCUGGCGGACAUAUUUCCCACCGGAUGGCAUGGCGUUGAGAUCUCCGGGUUCCAGGCGGGAGAAAGCAUCGCCGUCUUUGGCGCAGGGCCCGUAGGUCUCAUGGCUGCCUACAGCGCCGUCCUCCGAGGCGCGUCCCGCGUGUACGUGGUCGACAGAGUGCCCGAGAGGUUGCAAGCGGCCGAGAAGAUUGGCUGCACGGCCAUCGACUUCUCCAAGGGCGAUGCCGUGGACCAGAUCAUCAAGGCCAACGACGGCAUGGUCGAUCGAUCUGUCGACGCCGUUGGAUACCAGGCCGUCACCACCAGCGGGGACAAGGAGCAGCCGAACAUUGUGUUGGAGAACAUGAUCAAGGUCACGCGCGCCUGCGGUGGUCUGGGUAUUCCAGGACUCUAUGUUCCCAGUGACCCUGGAGCCCCUGACGAGAGCGCGUCCAAGGGGAUGAUCAGUCUGAGCUUUGGCAAAUUGUUUGAGAAGGGUUUAUCCCUCAAGACAGGACAGUGCAACGUCAAAGCGUAUAACAGGCAGCUGCGCGACCUCAUUAUCUCUGGCAGAGCCAAGCCGAGCUUUGUCGUGUCCCAUGAGAUUGGCAUUGAGGACGCAGAGGUCGCCUAUGAGAAGUUUGACAAGAGGAUUGAUGGGUACACCAAGGUCCUGAUCCAUCCCAACGGUGGAUUCUAGUAGAACUCGAGUAUUCAUUUGAUGUCAAUCCAACAUUCUGCGUCCUUGCGUUAACCAAUUUUGGAGCUGCCAUGGUGAUGUAAAGAGGGAUCGGACUUUGUUGGUCUGCCAGCCAGCACCUCUGUGACUGAAUGUGCACACACAUGGAGGACAUCCGAGAGACGGCUCUCCGAA